GACAGUACUUCCUGUGGACAAACAACACACUGCUGCUGCUUUAAACACGUUCUUGUUGAUGCACUAAAUGAAAAGACCGAAUCCGCAAGCGAGAGAUGGUUCAGCUUCACGUUAAACGGGGAGACGAGAGCCAGUUUCUCUUCAACACUACGGUGGAUGUGCAGAUUGAGACGCUGACCCAGCAGAUCUGCGAGAUCUACAAUGCAAGACUGAAAGUGGACAGAAUCUGCACUGAAAUCCCAGAGCUGGCAGAUCAUGGUAUCUCUUUACCACCAAAAAUGCAAGGCCUGACCGAUGAUCAGAUUGUGGAGCUCAAACUGAAGGAUGAAUGGGAAGAGCGGUGCAUUCCCAGUGGCGGUGCUGAGUUUAAAAAGGAUGAGAUCGGACGUCGAAAUGGACACGCCCCAAACGAGAAGAUGAAAGAUGUUUUGCGAAGAACAAUGGAGGAAGCCAAGGCUUUAAUUUCAAAAAAACAACUGCAAGCAAAUGUCUGUGUCACCAUGGAAAUGGUGAAAGAAGCUCUGGACCAGCUGAGAGGAGCUGUGAUGAUAGUUUACCCAAUGGGACUUCCUCCACAUGAUCCAAUAAGAAUGGAGAUUGAAAAUCAGGAAGAUCUCACUGGAACACAGGCCUCAUUACAGGUGAUCACCAAUGAAGAGGCUCAGCUGUGGUGGGCAUCUAAAGAACUGCACAGGGGCAAAAAGCUGCAGGAUUAUAUUGGGAAAAACGAGAAAACCAAAAUUAUUGUGAAAAUUCAAAAACGGGGCCAGGGCGCACCUGCCAGAGAACCAGUAGUGAGUGAAGAUGAGCAAAAGCAGAUGAUGCUGCACUAUUACAAGAGACAGGAAGAACUGAAAAAGCUAGAAGAAGCAGAUGAUGACACACAUCUUCAGUCGGAGUGGUCGGACAGACAGGCCCUAAAGAGGCAAUUUCAAGGACUUACAAAUAUCAAAUGGGGCCCAAGAUAGAUAAAAAGACAAGUAAACAACCGGACUACAGUUACUUUCCAUCGGGCACAUCAGUUACUUUAGAUUCUCCUGCUUUUGUUUUUAUGCAAUUUGGUGCCUUUGUUACAUAUGAAAGGUAUUUAUGUGACUGUAUGCAGAUGAAUGUUUGCAGAGUGCGAGACACCAGUUUUCUCUGUUCUGAUUCAUUGGUAGGAUGCAACACCUUUCCUCUCUUUGUCUGUGCCUCUGGCAGUUACUCAAUUGAAACUUGAUGCCGUUUAAAGACAGGAUGUUGCUCUCAGGAUCGCUGUGGCACAUUUGAAGAGCACCGAGAAGGAGUCACAGAACAUUUGUGUAUCCUCAAGGCAAAAAAAGCUUAAAGUAUUGAGAGUUAUGGUUUCACUGGAAAGAGAGGAAAGUUGAGGGUGAAGUUAUGUAUUAGAGAAACAUUGUUUUAUUUUAUGAGUUUAUGACAUUUAAAUAUAAUUCAUUUUUAAUUAAAAUAUUUUACCAUCUUUUUAAAAA